CGCGCCGCGCUGUCCCGCUAGCACGCGUGUCGCGCCGCGAGUGCAGUGUGCUGUGUAGUGCCGCCGAGCAGAGCGCGAGUGACAGGAUCCCGCCGCAAACAUUGCUACACGGCAUGUUACGAGUUCUGUGAACACUGUGUGCACCAAGUGGACAAGUGUCUGAGUGCGGAUUGUGCUUGAGUGCUUUCUUCCAUUGCUCUAGGUCUGGGUCGCAGACGGGCGGGGCUCGGGCGCGGCGCGGCGGCAUGGCGCGCGCGCGCGGCGCCGCGGCGGCAUGGCGGUGAGCUGCUCCGAGGUGAUGUACGGCGCCUACUACCCGUACCUGUACGGGCGCGGGGCGGCGCGCUCCUUCCACCACGCGCCGCACUUCCAGUACGACCGGCUGAACGUGCAGAGCGGCGCGGCCAAUGCCGGCAGCGAGGCGUACGGCGCCGCCGCGCUCAGCUCGGGCUCGGCGUCCUCGGGCGCGCAGUCGCCGGGCAGCCCGCCGCACGCGCACCUGCCGCACCACGCGCGCCUGCGCGCCAAGGAGGAGGACCUGUCCGCGCACGGCCGCGCCAGCGCUGACGGGGGCGGGUCGUCGGAGUCGGAGACGGAGUGCGGCGCGGGCGCGGCGCGGGCGCGCGCGCAGUACGUCAGCGCCAACUGCGUCGUGUUCACGCACUACUCGGGCGAUGUGGCCGCUGUCGUCGACGAGCACUUCGCUAGGGCUCUCUCGCUCGAUAAGCCCAAAGAGAGCGUGCCGAUGGUGUCGCGCAACCUGCCCGCGUCUUUCUUCAACGCGGCGGCGGCGGCGGGCGUGGGCGCGGGCGGCGCGUGCGGCGGCGUGGACAUCUACGAGUACGACCCGUGGCACCAGCACUACGGCGGCUACGGGCACGCGGCGCACCGGCACGCGGCCGAGUACCACGCGGCCGCCGCGCACCACAACAUGGCGGCCGCGGCUGGCUACGGCGGCCUGCUGCUGGGCCGCGGCCCGCUGCACGCGCAGUACAAGCCCGUCGAGUGGGGCGCGCAGCACGCGCCGCACCACCUCGACCCCGCCGCCUGCUCGCCCUACUCCUACCCCGCCGUGCCCGGUCUGGAGGCGCAGGUGCAGGACACUUCCAAGGACCUGUACUGGUUCUGAGAGAGCCGGCGCCCCCCGCGCGCCGCCACCGCCCUGCUGACCGCGCGCUGCGCCUCGCCACUGGAACGAACAUUGGAUCGCGUUCAGUGCGCUCACUCGUACGUGUGCGACAGGGAAUGAUCGGUGUCGGUGUCGUGUGAUGCUUCCUACUGGACGUUAGUUAGCACACUGUGUGAGGUCGAGCGGCUCUCUCGCCACUAGCAAACAUUCCGCGCGAUGUGUCGGCGGCGCGCUAGGCGUAGUGCUGCGAGCGACCAUAAUGUUAUUGUACGUACUAGGAGUAUCUAGCUGUAAUCACAUAUUGUACAUAAUUAGGUAGGUCUAGAGUAAAUAGCGAAUAGUUACAUUGCAGCAGACAUUGUAGAUAAUGUACCGUAGUGCACGCUGUACAGACGCGGGACGAGUGCCGCCUCCGCAUACAUACAAUAUAUACACAAAACUACUUCAACAAUAAAUUCCAUUAUCUACUGUGAUUGUUUCA